AUGUACGAGGGAAAUAGAGGACUUAAGACUGCACGAAAAGUCUCCGAAACGGAUCUCUAUUACUACCUGUGUCAUGCCAGUGGAGCCAACGGAGCUCUUGAGCUAGCUCCCAUCCUCACCAGUCUGGUGGACAAAUUGACAAGACUUGCGCACUUGCCCCAUCAGCCACUCAAUCGAAAAGUGACCUGGCUGACGACCCAGCAACGCGAAGGCGACUUGAGGGGCCUGAUUGAUCAUUGGAUUGAUUCUCGCUCCACUUUGGGACAGCCAAUCUCUCCGCAGCAUGUAGGCACAGGGCAAAAUGGACGAUAUUCUAACCUCGCCUCCUCAUCCUUACACUUCUACCACCCAUCUACAAGUCAAACAUGA